AUGUCUACCGACAACAAUGAUUGGGGAUGCUGUAGUGAUAACCCUGAUACAGAAGAGUACAUUCUGUGCCAGAAAUGCUCAAAAAAGUUUCAUGUGGCCUGUCUCAGCUCUCCCUCCAUAAUAAAACCUAGUGAGUUCUCGACAUGGGAAUGUCCUCUGUAUACCAGCCUACGACCCAAAACUGGGCAUAACGACAACACGCCGGUGCGAUUUAACCCUAAUGUCACGGUACGGGCUUCUAAAAGACAGGCACUGCAAUCACCUCCAAUAAUAGGAGCGUCAGCUGUUGAAGUUAGAGGCAUCAUGCAGGAGAAUUGUAAAAACAUUACAUCUAAAAUCGAUUCCCUAACCAUUUCCAUUAGUUCUGAACUAAAAUCAGUCAAGGAGUAG